GUUCCUCAACCACCAAGUAUUGUCUGUUUAUCUGUCUCUAAAGAUGAACAUGAUUCAUGUAAUUCUCCUAUGUCUUCAAUUCUUGCUUUUCUCUAUUCCUAGUUCUUCUAAGGUUACUUCAUUCACUCCACCAUCAUCUUUUUCUUCAUCAGGCCCAAGCUGCUUUGGUAAUGAAAGAUUUGCCUUGCUCCAGGUGAAAAAAGACUUGACAUCUUCCCACCUUCCAUCUGAUUCUUCCUUGCUUUCUUCAUGGAAGCCUGGGACGAAUUGUUGCUCCUGGGAAGGUGUCACUUGUGACAAGCUCACCGGACAUGUUAUAGGCCUUGACCUUAGCGGUCGUGAGCUUUCUGGUCUGAUUAAUUCCACCAUCUUCCUUCAGAUUUCUCACCUUCAACAGCUCAGUCUUGCUGAUAAUAAUUUCCAAUCAUCACCGAUUCCCUCUAGGCUCGAUUUGCUUCCCAAUUUGACAGGUCUGAACCUUUCUAAUUCAGGUUUUUCAGGUCAAGUGCCUUUGGAGGUGUCGCGGCUCACCAAGUUAAUCUCCCUUGAUCUCUCUUGCGAUCAUUUGGGUUCUUUAAAGCUUAAAGAUCCCAACUUGCAGAGGCUUGUUAGAGAUUUACAUAACUUGAGGGAACUCUACCUUGAUGGCGUGAACAUAUCAGCAAAUGGUAGUGAGUGGUGCUCUUCUUUACGUCUUACAGUCCCUAAGCUGCAAGUUUUGAGCCUGUCUCAUACUCAGAUUUCAGGGCCCAUAUGUAAAUCACUUCAACAACUCCAACUGCUCUCAACACUUCACCUUAAUGGAAACAAUUUUUCAUCAGAGAUGCCGAAGAAGCUAAUGCUGCUACCUGAUCUGCAGAGUCUUGAUGUAUCAGGAAACAAGCUUCUUUCAGGAACUUUGCCCGAAUUUCCCAAGAACAGUGUUCUAGAAUUUUUAUCACUUUACUCCACCAGCUUCUAUGGACAGUUGCCAGAUUCAAUCGGCAAUCUCAAGCUGUUAAAGGAAUUGGACUUAAGAGACUGCAACUUCUCUGGUUUGAUACCUUAUUCUCUGGCAAAUCUAUCCCAAAUUACUUAUAUUGGUCUCUCAUCCAACCAUUUUCAGGGUUGGCUACCUUUCUUGCAAACCCUGAAGAAAAGCACCAAAAUUAAUGCUAGCAACCAUCACGGCUUUCUUCAGAGUCUUGAGUCCUUUCAAUUGACAACAACUCAAUGGAGGCAACUUUGGAUCCAUCAAUGUUUACUCUUCCAUCGUUAAGGAAAUUGUUUCUAAGCCAAAACCUUCUCAGUGGUGCGCUGAAGACAAUCCAUGCAGCAUCUUCAUCCCUCCUAGAAAAUUUGGAUCUGAGCUUCAACAAUUUGGAAGGUCAAAUUCCCAACUCUAUCUUCGAACUUCAACAUCUUAAUUAUCUUCUACUCCUCUCCAACAACUUCAGUGGAAUGGUUGAUGCAAGCAUGUUUAGAAACCUCAAGAGCCUACAACUUCUUGAUCUUUCCCACAAUAGAAAUUUGAUGAUUAGUGACUCAAGCAACUCCUCCCUACCAAAGCUUGAGAAAUUAUUGUUGAAUUCCUGCAAUAUCAGUGAAUUUCCACAUUUCUUGAGAAACCAAGUUGGCUUGGUUGAGUUAGACCUUUCAGACAACAAAAUCCACGGUCAAAUUCCCACCUGGAUUUGGCAU